UUUUUAUUUCAGAAAUGGCUUCAAGUGUCAACGUACCAACUGCUCUAUUCCUUUCCCUCAACCUUCUUUUCUUUGCUUUGGUAAGCUCUCAAACUUCCGGUACAUGCAAUCCCCUGAAUCUCGGUGUGUGUCUUGAUGUAUUGGGUUUGGUGAACGUUGAGCUUGGUAAUGUUCCUGUAAAACCAUGUUGUAGCCUAAUCCAAGGUUUGGCUGAUCUUGAGGCUGCAGUUUGCCUUUGCACAGCUCUCAGAGCAAGAGUAUUAGGCAUUAACAUUAACCUUCCUAUUUCAUUGAGCCUUGUUCUCAAUAGUUGUGGACGAAGUGUUCCUACUGAAUACAUUUGCAGCCUUCAAUAG